AUGGUGAUUAUCAACAGCAACGAAAAACACAUCGGCAUCAUCGGCGGCGGCGUCGGUGGCACCACCGCUGCGAUCCGCCUCGCCGAGAAGGGCUUCAAAGUGUCGCUCUUUGAAAAGUCAUCAUCGUUGGUAAACGGCCCUCCCUUUUGCCACCUGCACGCGGGCGGCAACAUGUACCGCGAGAUCUCAGAAGACCAGUGCGUGCAACUCCUGCACGAGUGCAUCCGAACGGUGCGAAUGUACAAGCAUGUGUUGAAUCAUAGACCGACUUGUAUUGUGAUUCCAAAGAGAGAUCCUGGCCAACCGGAGACGAUCCUAAAACGGUUGGAAAUGCUUCAGACGCUUUACAACAAGCUCGUAAACGUCGAUCCCGAAAACAUGGUCCUUGGAGACCCAAGCGACUACUACCAAGUUUUCACGAAAGCAGACUGCGAAGCUCUCAGAUCCGAAGAAAUACCAAUUGAGCCCGCAAAUCUCACAGAUUGGCUCAUUCCCGUCGUCAAAAAUGUAGAUCUCGAUCAGUUGAAGUUCCCUCUUGUCAUGGUGAACGAGCUCGGCUGGAGCAUUCCCCGCCAAGCUGCCAGUGCUACUUUGGCGCUGUCGAAGCUACCGUCCGCCCGGGUGUUCUGCUCGACCACCGUCGAUGACGUCAUCGCGCACGAAGAUGGGACGUACACCAUCUCCCAUGGAGAGGAGGAAACUCACGUGGAUUAUUUGAUCAACGCUUGCGGCUACAAAACCGGCAGCAUCGACGAUUUCUGUCAAGUCAAAACGGAUCGCUUGGUCGAAUUCAAAGCCGCCUAUCUUUGCCAAUGGAACCAGCCAGGAUUGUGGCCGGAGAUCGUUUUCCACGGCCCGAGAGGAACACCGAUCGGCAUGGCCCAGUACACGCCGUAUGCAGAUGGGGUGAUUCAGAUUCAUGGAAUGACGGAGAAAGUGACCUUGUUUAAAAACGGACUUGUAAAGUCGACGGAAGAAUCGAGUCAACCGAAGUUGGAUGAAAAGUUUGAAACGAAGAUCAAUUCUGGUUGGACCAAAGCGGAUGUUUUUAAGAGAACACAACGGUCAAUCGAACACAUGCGAACAUUCAUCCCCUAUUUCGACGCGAAACCUGUCGACUCUCAACCCCUUUUCGGCGCCCAACAGAUUCCCGGAAAGAACGCCACCCUGCGAGCAGCUUCAGUCAGCUUCGAGCGACCAACUUACGCUAGAAUCGAAAUCGUCAAAGCUUCAAGUGCGAUUUCUGCAGCAGAUGCGAUCGUCGAUCACGUGAACGAGGCCUUUGAGGCUAAGACGGAACAAGAGUGUCAGCCAGUUGAAGAACUUUGUCCGGUAACAGGGGCGCUGAAGGAAGAUGAAGUGCUGGAGAAAGCGCUCGAAAUCUGCGAAAUGAGAAGAUUGCCAAAUAGUCUAGCCAAAUUUUACAACUCCCAAAGCUUUUAA